AUGAGCAGCUCAGGAUUGGUUCCACACUCUACCGUCUGCGUCAAUAGGCAACUUCAAGGAGUUCGCCAUCAUUUUCACAAAGGAGUACACCUCCUACAAGAUGGUCAGAAAGCAUGCAGACCACCUGUUCAACCUGCACAAGAAGCCAGACGAGUCUCUACGAGACUACCUGAGAUAGUUUAA